UAGGUUUCUGGAACGGAACGGAACGGCACAUUAGCAUCCAGAAUGGCAGCGUCUUGGUUGAAAAUAUCUUGUUUAUUAUGUGUAUUUGGUUUCUUACGUGAAUUGCGACCAUCGGAGUCCUAUCAUGCGGAAAUUAUUAUGGGUGAAUGGUACAAUGUCACCCCGGAUCAGGUCAUUCGUCAGGUCUAUCCCAUUGGUACCUACUCCUAUUUGGCACUUUUGUUUAUUGUGUUCCUUAUCACUGACUUUUUAAGGUACAAACCUUUGAUUAUAGCCAAUGCAUUAGCUGGCAUUAUUUGCUGGGGUCUGUUGAUUUGGAUCAAAUCGCUAUUGGGCAUGCAAAUUGCUGAAGUAUUCUACGGAUUCUAUCAGGCUGCUGAGGUCGCCUAUUAUACGUACAUCUAUGCCAAGGUCGAUAAGCAAUAUUAUCCUCGAGUCACUUCCCACACGCGUGCUGCUAUGUUUGUGGGGAAACUUGUGGCUUCAUCAUUGGCCCAGUUAAUGAUCGGCAUGGAAUGGAUGAACUUCAAGGAGCUAUUGUACAUAACAGUCAGCUGCCAAGUGCUAGCCUUAUUCUGGGCAUUUGGACUGCCCAAAGUGGAGAGUAGUUUGUAUUUCCAUCAGAAACCCAAACUUCGAGUGGAGAGUGAUAAUCAGCCGAUAGAAACUAAUGCAGUUGAAGUGGAGGCUACAAAAGGCACUACUGCCAGUCAGCCGAUAGAAACUAAUGCAGCUGAAGUGGAGGCUACAAAAGGCACUACUGCCCAGGGACAAGAAACUCCACAAUCUUCUGGAAACAAUGUACAUACCCUGUGGUCACACUUCCAUAAUGCCUAUACUAAUCCUAUUGCCCUGCAAUGGAGCUUAUGGUACGCUGUGGGUCUGGCCGGUUAUCUACAGAUUACAAACUAUAUGCAAGUUUUGUGGAAAUCCUUUGAUGAUGAGCCGGAAAUUGUGUGGAACGGAGCUGUGGAUGCGGCGUUUACCGCCUUGGCCGCUCUUUCCUCGCUUUUGGCUGGUUAUUUGCAUGUGGGCCGCUUAAAAUCUCGAACCAGCCUACUUUCUUUGGCCUUUUUAUCUGUUCUGGAAGGAGGUUGCGUCCUACUUAGCACUUGGACAUCCACAGUUUAUAUGUCAUAUUUGGGUUAUGUGCUUUUUGGUGGACUAUAUGGUUUCAGUAUAACUGUAGCUAGUGCUGAGCUGGCUAGCUGCCUUUUGGAGGAUAGUUUUGCCUUGAUCUUUGGCAUUAACACCUUUCUGGCUUUGAUCAUCCAAUCGCUUCUCACUUUGGUGGUAGUUUCUGAGACAGGCAAUCUCAAUCUCACUACACCAGAGCAAUUUACUGUCUAUGCAUAUUAUCUUAUUGGAAUUGGUGUGUUAUACUUUACGGGAUUUAUGAUUCAAAUUGUUUGGAAGCUCGCCAGAAAAAGCUCUAACAGUAAUAAAAUUAAUUUGAAUUGAAAAUGUAA